AUGUCUUUGCCCAACGACGAAUCCUUUAUACGCCAAUCACGGCAUGUAAACCGCUCAUUCUCUCUUCCCUUUACCCAAGAACUUCGAAAUCGCAGGAGACUUUCCGACCAGCAACAACAACAACAGCUGCCCCAACACCAUCCUUAUUCGUCUCUCGAUCGCAUUCCUACUGUUCCCCAUGACGACCAAUUUGCUGAGGAAUGGCCCGUCAAUGAAGCCCAAGAUGUGGAAGCCGAUGUGUUGUUUCCACAGUAUAAGAUUGAGUCCCACGACCACGCUGAUAUGGAGGCUUUCAACGAGAUGCUUGAUCGAAAGAUGUCGGCUGAUACAGAGACGCUGAAGCUAUCAAAAACAUUGAGCAAGCAUACCCGAAGCGAUCAGAAGAGUGAGAUGGACGUAUAUGAUACUCGAUUCUGGAUUUACACUGUUCGGCAAGACGGAGAGCCUACCCAAGAGUUUCACCAAUUGCUCAGCGAGGAAGGACGUCAGAUAUUGGAUCGAGCCCUGAAAACACCAGGAUGGUGGGUGGAUGUUCAAUCACCAACGACGGAUGACAUGAAGGCAUUAAGCAAGACGUUUCAUAUCCAUCCCUUGACAACUGAAGAUGUCCUUGCUCAAGAACCACGCGAGAAGGUUGAAAUGUUUCCGAAUUACACGUUUAUCUGCUUCCGCAGCUUUCAGAUCGACCCUUAUACCGAGCAGAUUUGCCCAUUCAAUUUCUAUAUUCUUAUCUUUCGACAAGGCCUUUUAACAUUUCAUUUCCGUUCUUCCGAUAUCCCUCAAAAAGUACGACAGCGGACUGAGCAGCUCAAGACCUACAUGGUGAUCACGCCAGAUUGGCUCAAUUAUGCCAUCAUUGAUGCUAUUGUGGAUGAGUUUGGACCCACUAUCCUUCAAGUUGAAAUGGAAGCUGUGUCGAUCGAUGAACUUUCACUUGUGUUACGCCGAUCGGAGCAAGCCGACAUGUUGCGUCGCAUUAGUCGUUGCAGGCGCCGUUCUACACAGCUGUCACGAUUGCUGACUUCGAAGAUGGAUGUUAUCAAGAGCUUGAUCAAACGUUACGAGGACAGGGCAAAUGGUGAUCUUGAUGAUAUCAGCGAGGAUCCAUUGACAGCAAAGAGUAAAAAGGCCUUUAGUGAUGUAUGCUUGUACUUGGGAGAUAUUCAAGAUCACGUUGUUACCAUGACGCAAAACAUUGGGCACUACAACCGUAUCUUGGGACGUGCACAUACAAACUACCUUGCACAAGUGAACGUGGAGCUGACGGAGACUUACAGUACUACCAACAUGGUCAUGAAUCGAUUGACAUUUCUUGCCACGGUGUUUGUGCCAUUGACGGUGCUAUGUGGUCUAUUUGGUAUGAACGUGGAAGUACCAGGCCAAAACUACUUGGAUCUCAACUACUUCUUUUGGAUCAUGGCGGGCAUGUCGGUCUAUUGCACGUGUGCUACAGCAUGGGGUAAAUGGCUUAAGCUGUUGUAA